AUGCAAGUGACGGUGACAUCGGCAGAUGGAGGUCAAGUGGUUCAGAUCAGUGUAGAGUCCACGCAACAUCUCAGCUCUGUAGCUCCACAGCUUCAGCAACAGUUUGGCAUCCCUGCAGCAUCGCAAAUUCUUAUGCUGGACGGCAACCCGCUAGUUCUCAACCAAACGUUCGAGCAGACGGGUGUAAAGGAAAAUGAUCUGCUGGUGAUUAUGCGCAACCCCUCGGCUGCAUCUACUACUUCAUGGCCCGCUGUACCGAGUGCAGAAGGUUUUACGGCUCGUCCAGACAUGAAGCUGCACGAGAUUCCGGGAAAUGCCUCGCCGGAAAUUCUUCUCGAUAUUAUGGACAAAAACCCUCAGCUUCUGGCAGAGCUGCAACAAGCCAAUCCGAAGUUGGCGACAGCACUUCAGACCAAGAGUGUGUCGGAAGUGCGCAUGGCUCUGAUGCAGAUGCAUAUGGAGACAGCGUCACGAAAGUUUGAGGAGCAACGGGAAGUUGAGGCUCUGGAGCGAAACCCAUUUGAUGCCGAUGCUCAAGCCAAAAUUGCGGAGCGUAUCCGCCUAUCGAACGUGCAAAAGAAUAUGGAGAUUGCUAUUGAAGAGAUGCCCGAGGCAUUUGGGCACGUCACCAUGCUUUACAUUCAUUGCGAAGUAAAUGGAACACAAGUGAAGGCAUUUGUCGAUUCCGGAGCACAAUCGACCAUCAUGUCAUCAAAUUGUGCAGAGCGAUGCGGAAUUAUGCGGCUUGUGGACAAGCGUUUUGCUGGCCAGGCUGUUGGCGUGGGCACGGCAAAAAUCAUUGGCAGAGUGCACAUGGCCGCAUUAAAGAUUGGGGAUGAGUUUUACAACUGCAGCUUCACAAUUUUGGACCAACAGGGUGUUGACUUCCUGUUCGGUCUAGAUAUGCUCAAGCGGCAUCAGUGUUGCAUUGAUCUGGGUAAAAACGUUCUGCGUCUUCAUGAAGGCGAUCGUUUCCAUGAAGUCUCCUUCUUGCCGGAACAUGAGAUCCCGUCGUCGGAGAAUCGCGCGGGUUCCGCACAGCCUCCGGCCACAAUUGGCGGUAUCCCUGUUCCGGCCUUAACUCCAGGGUCCACGCCAACUUCUGCCCAAGCCGUUGCAUCUUCUGUGCCAGCUCUUACAGUUGAAGGUCACAAUGACCACGCAAAGGUCGCUCAACUCGUGUCAUUGGGUUUUCCUGAGCAGCAGGCAAGAGCUGUUCAAGCGCUGCAGACUUGCAAUGGCAAUGUCGAAAUGGCUGCCGGGCUUCUAUUCGAGAGCAUGUAG